GUGACACUAAACGGACAUUUUUCUUCUGCUGCGUCGUGACUUGUCUUGAUAUAACGAACACGAGUACAAGUCGACAGAAGCAACAUGGAGUACUUCCAAAUCGCCUGCGGCAUCGCGGCCGUAGUUCUGGCGAUUUAUUACUACUACAAAUCGAUCUAUAACACCUGGAAAAGUCGUGGGAUACCUGGACCGAAACCUACGUUCUUGCUUGGCAAUUUCGUCAACAUAGUGAUUAGGAAACAGUCGAUGAGCGAUAAAGUGAGAGAAUGGUACGACGAGUUCAAGCAUGAGCCAGUUUUUGGGAUAUUCCAGGGUACAUCGCCAGCUCUGGUGAUUAACGACCUGGAUAUGGUCAAGGAUGUCCUCAUCAGAGACUUCUCUUCCUUCGUGAACAGAGGAUUUCGCACUUUUCCGAAGGUGGAACCAAUGGCGCAGAACCUCUUCACGUUGGAGUCUGAAAAAUGGCGUACUAUGAGAACUAAGCUCUCGCCCAUAUUCACGUCCGGGAAGCUGAAAGAAAUGUUCAGUCUGAUAGUCGAAUGCGCAGAAAAUUUCGACAAACACUUGGCCAAAACUGUGGGAAACGGAGAGCCAGUGGAAUUUCACGAUUUGGCCGCAAAGUUCACGACGGACGUGAUCGGAAGCUGCGCUUUUGGUAUCAAUAUGAACGCCCUGAAGGACGAGAACAGCGAGUUUCGUCAAAUGGGUAGGAAGAUAUCCGCGCCUAGUGUGAAACGGACGCUCAAAGAGAGUUGUAAAGAAUUUACCCCGUGGCUGUAUGAACGAAUAGGUCAUUUACUUGAACCGAAGGAAAUGAACGACUUCUUUACAAAUAUAAUUACCGGCUCCAUGAAAUACAGAAGAGAGAAUAACGUGAUUAGACCAGACUUCGUGCACUUGCUGAUGGAAUUGCAGGAUCACCCGGAUAAGCUAAACAAUAUUGAACUAACAGAUUCGUUGCUCACUGCACAGGCGUUAGUAUUCUUCGUUGCUGGUUUUGAAACCUCUUCAUCGACCAUUGCUCAUGCUCUUUACGAACUAGCUCAACACCAGGAUAUCCAAGACAAAUUACGGGAAGAGAUCAAAGAAGUUACCAAGGAAAAUAUUGAAAAUUUGACGUACAAUGAUAUGAAAGAGAUGAAAUACUUGGACAUGGUGUUUAAAGAAACGUUAAGGAAGUAUCCUUUACUGCCGAUGUUACCAAGGCAGGCAGUGGAAAAUUACACGUUCAGAGGCACAAAGCUUACUAUACCAAAAGGGACAAAUGUGUGGAUACCUGUGAUCGGAAUUCAAAGAGAUCCGAAUAUUUAUCCGGAACCGGAAGUGUUCGACCCUGAAAGAUUCACCGAGGAAGCUGUUGCUGCUAGACACCCUAUGAGUUAUUUGCCAUUCGGUGAUGGGCCCAGGAACUGCAUUGGUGCCCGUUUUGCACACUAUCAAACCAAGAUUGGUAUCAUAACUGUUAUCAGCAAUUACAAAGUCGUUGUUUGCGAGAAAACCAGGAUCCCGUUCGAAAGCAAUAGUAAUACUUUCUUGUUGAGAUCCAAGGAUGGUGUGAACUUAAAGAUAGAAAGAGUAUAA